UGUUUAAAUAGCAUGGAAAAGUUGUUAGGCAGCACUGUUUUAACCGAGUAGACGAAUAGAAAUUUAUCGAGUGUGUUGUUGGAAAUAGAAAAGUCAGAAAACGUGCGAGAAUAUGUCUGGACGCGAGGGCGGCAAGAAAAAGCCAUUGAAGGCGCCCAAGAAGGAAGGCAAAGAGAUGGACGACGAGGACUUGGCAUUCAAGCAAAAGCAGAAGGAAGCACAAAAGGCACUCGAUGCGGCCAAACAGAACGCUGCCAAAAAGGGACCACUGGUGGGCGGAGGCAUCAAAAAGUCUGGCAAGAAAUGAUUGCCUUUCGACACCAGGAACUAAUUUAUUUUAAGAUAUUUGUUUGCCAGUUCAAAAUUGCGUUUAUACUUGUACAAUGAUGAACCCAAAUUGACAGUAGUGCGAAAUAACAAAUUCUUUUUAUACUUGCUUACAAUUAAACAAAUACACAGAUACAUUGAA